AUGCUUUUAGGCACUUCUGGUGCAUCGUCAUCAGAUUCCGAUAUUGCGGACUGUGAUCUAGUAAAAAUUGCCCAUCGGAAAGAAAAUCUCGUAGCCGCUAAAAGUUUAUUACCUCAAAGUGUGGGCCAUGUGACAUCACACAAUGGUACAAAGCAGCAUGACAAAUCAAUUUUACAUAAAUUAUGUAUGACUAAAUGGGAAGGAUACAAAAUGACUGAAAAAACUGGAAAAUCUGUUUUAACUCUUAUUAAUAGAGAAAAUGAAACAGUUAUAAAAGAAAAUCGUUAUUAUAUUGCAACUGUUGCGGAAAUUUUACUUUUUACAGCCUGUCAAAACAUUGCUCAACGUGGAGAUAAUGAAAGUAGCGAUAGCAUGAAUAAAGGUAACUUCUUAGAACUUUUAUGUUUUUGUGCUAAAAGAGAUACUAGUAUUAAGAGUCAAAUGGUCAUAGAAUCAAUUGCAAAUGAGUUGCAAAAAUCUAAGUACUUUUCAAUUUUGGCUGAUGAAACUAAAGAUUUAAGUAAAACUGAACAAUUAUCAGUAAUGAUACGUUAUUUUUACAAUAAUACGGUAAAUGAACGGUUUUUGGGGUAUGUGCCAUGUUCUGAACUACAUGCCAAGGCGCUGUUUGAAUUUAUUAAAAUAACUUUAUCUGCUUGUGGGAUUAAUAUUCAAAAUUGUAUAGCUCAAACUUACGAUGGCGCUUCCGUAAUGAGUGGUACUCAAAAUGGUGUGCAAGCAAUUUUUCAAAAGGAAGUUCCAAAAGCAUUAUACACACAUUGUUAUAAUCAUCGCUUAAAUUUAGUGAUUGUGGAUGUUUGUAAAAACGUACCAAAAAUUGAAAAAAUUAUAUCACUUCUUCAACAGUUGUAUAACUUCAUAAACAGAUCUACAGUACAUAUGGCUUUCUUAGGUAUUCAGAAAGAAUUAUUUCCUAAAAAAAAUACAGUUGAACUUAAAAAGUUAUGUGACACGAGGUGGAUUUGCCAGAUAUCUGCAUGUAUUGCUGUUAGAGAAACAUUUUCUGUUAUUCUAGCUCCGCCUAGCUGGGGCUCUGCCCUAGACCCGGGGCCCUUCGAGCCUUAUGCGCCUUCGGCGCGUAAGCCUCUUCAGGCCGUCAUCAUAAGUAGGCCACUGAUUCCGGUAGAAGUACCCGGCUACGCCGGGCACGAUAAGUGUUUUUCAGAAAAAAUAUUACUUCAGAAUCAGUGA